AUGGCCGCGGCCGCGGCGGGAGGAGCCCCGGGUCCGGCCCCCGGCCCCUCCAGGCCCGCGCCGGCUGCCCGGAACCCGCCGGCCGUGCCGCGGAGGCGCGGGGACUCCCGGCGCCGUCAGGCCGCCCUCUUCUUUCUCAACAACAUCUCCCUUGACGGACGGCCCCCGAGCCUGGGUCCCGGAGGCGAGAAGCCAGCGCCGCCGCCGCCACCGCCCACCGAGGCCCGCGAGGCGCCCGCGCCGCCGCCCGNUCCACCUGGAGGCCUCCCGGGGCUGCCAGCCAGGCCCGCGCCCCAGGGCCUGCUCAGCCCCACGACGGCGCCCACCGGCCUUGGCCUGGACGGGCAGCGCCAAAGAACCAAGCAUGCAUCUGGAUCGCCAAGACACAAAGGCCUGAAGAAAACCCACUUCAUCAAGAACAUGAGGCAGUAUGACACAAAGAACAGCAGGUGAGCGAGUGUAGGGCCAGGCCUGGGACGGCCACUGUGCUCCCGGACCAGGCCAUGUCUCUGGAGGCCAAAAAUAUGAGACCUGAGCCCUACCCCUGUUGGCAGCAGCCCCUUCUCCAUCACCCAUUGUCCCCUGACCCUCUAUAUUAUAUGCUAANACUGGCUAGCAUAGCCAGGCCAGCAAGCCACCACUGUAUAAUCCCAGGGAAGGGCCACCAGCUGGACACAGAUCUUAAGAAAAAGAGACUAGGGAAAGCAAAAAUGCCUCCCCACUCCCCAAAUGUGCCCAGGAUGGAAGGUGCAACCAUAUUUGGGGUGCAUAUANAGGAUAAGGCAGGGCUAUACUUGACAGCACUAAGAGUUACAUUGGGGACACACAGAUGGAAAUGAGGUAUAUUGGGGGACAUAUGAGAGGCUUAACUCAAACUAGUAUUUGGGUCCCCAGAACAGUGCUAGGCUAGAAUCUGGGCAGCUGCAUAUGCCUGCACUGGUGCAAACACACUACCUGUCACUCUGUUCUCAGUCCCUUCCCCGCUGUAGGUCACUGUGAUAAGUAUCCCCAGGAACUAUUGCUGCAGGACCUGCAAAUCCUAAGUCCUGAGACCACAGGGUGGCCUAUGGUUAUAGCUUUGAGCAUCCAGGGGCCCNAGUCCUAANCCCCCCUAGAUAGCUUAGUUCUGUAUUAUAUCUAGGUGUUCUCUAUUAGCAGUAAGUCUUGUGUUUGCCUGUA